CUCUAUUUUCGGUAAUGCGUGACAGACUGACAGAGGACAGAGUGACGCGUGACCGCACUAACUGUGACUAAAGACAAGGGAAACUGGAAAAAUUAUAAAUGAAAAUGUGGUUUAGGUGUUGAUGUGAAAGUGUUUGUAUUAUAUAGAUAUUAUAUCUAUAAUCUUAUUGCCACAAUUUUUCUUAAUAUAGUAAUCAAAAUGAGCGAUGACGAUCGAGAUAUUGACGUGGAGAGCGAUGAAGGAGAUGACUCCGAUUCUCGUCAAGCAACACCUAGGCAAUCAUCGGGAAGUCAAUAUUAUUCACAGUCUCCAAAUUUUUUUCAGGCUGAAAAACGUGCUCAUCACAAUGCACUGGAGAGAAAACGACGUGAUCACAUAAAAGACAGUUUUAGUAGUUUAAGAGAUUCUGUGCCAGCCCUCAAUGGAGAAAAAGUGGCAAGUAGAGCUCAAAUUUUAAAGAAAGCAGCUGAAUACAUUCUUUUUAUGAGGAAAAAAAAUAGUUCCCAUCAACAAGACAUCGAAGAUCUGAAGAGACAAAAUAGCUUACUUGAAGCUCAAAUACGUACCUUAGAAAAAGCAAAAUCAACAGGAUCAUUCAAUCUUGAUGCUGAUAUCAAGGAUAGUGUCUUCAAUGAAACUGAAUCAGACACAUCGGAUAUCGAAGGAUCUUUGCAGCAAAGGAGACCGAAAAAAAUGAAAGUUGGAUCUUACCAUUAAACAGGAACUAUGAAAUAAGUGAACCUUCUGAAGAUACAAUCAUAUUUGUCAUCUUGUGUCCUAAAACGUUAAGGAUAAGCAUCACUUAUUUUUAGAUAGCUUUCUAUUGGGACUUUUGUGAUUGUUUUAGUGUACAUGUGAACUUGGUCCCAUAAGUGACCUGUAUUUUUGUUAUAUUUUUAUCAAUUAAAUUUUUAUUUAAGGAUGUUCAGCCUUGUAAGAUGCUUGUAUAAGUUGUUAUUUCAUUGAAAUGACGUUUGUAGUUUUAAUACAAACUCAUGGAUAAUAUAUAAUAUUAAAAUAAUUUAUAGUUA